AUGUCUGGUGGCAAGUCUGGUGGUAAGGCCGGUGACGCUUCGUCGGCCAAGACGCAGUCGCGUUCGGCCAAGGCCGGUCUGCAGUUCCCUGUCGGUCGUAUUCACCGUCUCCUCCGUAAGGGUAACUACGCCCAGCGUAUCGGUGCCGGUGCACCUGUGUACCUCGCUGCCGUGCUCGAAUACUUGACGGCUGAGAUUCUCGAGUUGGCCGGCAACGCUGCUCGUGACAACAAGAAGUCGCGUAUUAUUCCCCGUCACCUUCAGCUCGCCAUCCGCAACGAUGAGGAACUGAACAAGCUCCUCGGUGGUGUGACGAUUAGCCAGGGUGGUGUUCUUCCCUUCAUCCAGAGCGAGCUUCUUCCCGCCAAGAGCGGUAAGUCGAAGAAGGCUAUGGGCUCGCAGGAGAUCUAA